AUGGUUACGUCACUCGCUUAUGAAAACUGGUUGGAGCCACAGUUUCUGCCAGGAGAAUCUAAGCGUGUGAAGGGGAAUUCUAAGUCGUCCAAGAGUACGCGGACUGAAAACCAGGUGAGGUUUCUGGCUGAAGUCACAGAGCAGAUCACCGAACUCUUCAAUGUUAAUUUAGACUCCGCAAAAUGGGACAGCGGCGCACUGGACAAUUUCUUAAACAUCCUCAAUACACGCAUGCUGAAUGAGCUCAAAAACUGCGCUGCAUCCUACCGAGAGACAAAAGAACAGCGACACACCAACAUGACACUUAAGAAACAUUUCAGAAAGUUAAAGAGGAUUCUGAAGAAAGCAAACUACAGCGCUGAUUCUUGGGAGCAAAUCAGGAGAUUAGUGCGGAACCACCUUACGCGGAUGGAUAUUAUCGCUUCCAACUUGAAGUCGGCGCUGACGGGCUGA